AUGAUUCACCUGAUUUUUUUCCAGUUGUACUUGUGGUGUCUAGUUGGUGUGUCUGGAGUGAAUGCAGUGAAGUCAGUGUCAGUGACGGAGGGAGAUUCAGUCACUCUACACAUACAGAGAGACGAUGAGAUCGAGUGGCGGUUUGGACAAAACAACAUUCUCUUAGCUGAAAUCAAACAGAACAAUAAGAGCACAUUUUAUGAUGGUAGUGCUGGUGGGAGAUUCAGAGGCAGACUGAAGCUGGAUCAGACUGGAUCUCUGAGCAUCACAAACACCAGCACCACAGACUCUGGAGAUUAUAAAGUAACCAGCACUAAAACAAGGAUUUUACUCAGCACAUUCAGUCUUAGUGUCUAUGGUCAUCUGCCUGUUCCUGUCUUUACGAGAGACUCUCCACAGUGUUCAUCAUCAUCAGAAAGGUCAUCAAAAUAUCUGUUGCUGUGUUCAGUGUUCAAUGUAAGUCGUGUGACUCUCUCCUGGUACAAAGGAAACAGUUUAUUGUCCAGCAUCAGUGUGUCUGAUCUCAGCAUCAGUCUCUCUCUACCUCUGGAGGUGGAAUAUCAGGAUAAAAACACCUACAGCUGUGUGCUCAACAAUCCCAUCAGCAACCAGACCACACAUCUGGACAUCACUCAAAUCUGUUCAGACUGUUGCAGUUGUGGUUCUGCUGAGGCUGGGAUCCGAUUUGUCCUCUCUGCUCUGGUGGGCGUGGCCGGGGUGACCAUUCUGGCCAUUCUGGUUCAUGGAUUCAGAACCAGAAAUCUUCAUCAGAAGAAGAGCGUGCAGACAAGAGCAACGGACACCGAUCCAUCAGAUGUAGAUGUCCUUGAAUGA